GUCAAUCCAUUUACGCUAUAUAUAUCAACUCGCCCUCGCUGAGAUCCACUGCACUUGUCCUUCGCCGCCGGGUCCUUAUGGCUCCAUCAUCCUCGCUCCUCCUCCCCCUCUUCCUCUUCCUCUUCCUCCGAUCUUGUCAGCUCUCCACCUCGGCGCUGCCCAGUCUCACCAAAGGCGCGUCCCUCUCCGUCGAGAACCCCGACGACGUCCUCGUCUCCCCCUCUGGCGCCUUCUCCGCUGGCUUCUUCCCCGUUGGCGACAACGCCUACAGCUUCGCCGUCUGGUUCAGCGACCCCCCCUGCUCCGGUGCCGCCUGCACCCCCGUCUGGAUGGCCAACCGUCAGUUCCCCGUCAACGGCCGACGCUCCUCCGUCUCCCUCCUCCACUCGGGCAACCUUGUCCUCACCGACGCCGGCGACGUUGCCGCCGGCGUCUGGUCUUCGGAAACCAGCUCCCCCUCCGCCGCCGAGCUCCACCUCAACGACACCGGGAACCUCGUCCUCGCCGACGACAGGGGCGGCGUCCUGUGGCAGAGCUUCGACUCGCCGACCGACACCCUCCUCCCCCAGCAGCCUCUCACCAGAGACACGUUCCUGAUCUCCGCUCGGAGCCGGUCCAAUUACUCGACCGGGUUCUACAAGCUCUACUUCGACAACGACAAUGUCCUCCGCCUCCUCUUCGACGGCCCGUCGAUCUCGAGCGUGUACUGGCCCUACCCGUGGGCCCCGAGCGCUCAGCUCGGCCGAUUCCUCUACAACAGCAGCCGCAUCGCUGUGCUCGACCCGCUCGGCCGCUUCCAGUCCUCCGACAACUACUCGUUCUCCACCUCCGACUAUGGCGUCGCCGCUGUGCAGAGAAGGGUGACCCUCGACUUCGACGGCAACUUGCGGGUCUACAGCCGCGAGCCGGGCCCGACUGGCUGGGCCGUGACGUGGGAGGCGAUCAGCGGCAUCCCCUGCUUCAUCCACGGCGUGUGCGGCAACAACAGCCUCUGCAGCUACGACCCGGCCAAGGGCCGGAGCUGCUCCUGCGUGCCUGGGUACGUCCCCAAGGUCCCGGGCGACUGGUCGGCUGGCUGCGUGCCCGAUUUCAAGUUCUCCGACGGGUGCGUCGCCGACGAGAUGGGGUUCGUGAAGCUCCUGUACAUCGAUUUCUAUGGGUACGACUACAACAGCAUCGAAAACACCACUCUCGAGAACUGCCGGCGGACUUGCCUGCGCCUGUGCAAUUGCCGAGGAUUCCAAUACACCGGGCAGACUUCCGGCACGUUCAAUUGCUACCCGAAGAUCGAGCUCCUAAAUGGCCACAACCUGCCCAGCUUCACCGGCGAGUUCUUCAUCAAGGUCCCCAAGAACAAGACCUUCACCGAGGACCAGCUGGUGAAGAGGACUCAUUACAGUUGCUCUCCCGCCCCGGAGGUGGUCUUGGACAGGACUUAUGCCAAGAAAGGCAAAAACGGGGCGCUGAGCUUCAUGCUCUGGUUCGCCUGCGUGACCGGAGGGAUUGAGAUCGUGGUGGUGUUCUUGGUGUGGUUCUUCCUGAUUAGGAACCAGCAGGACGUCGCUUCUGCGCACCAGAGCUACCUCCUCGCCGCGACCGGGUUCAAGCGGUUCACCUAUGACGAGCUCAAGAAGGCAACGAGGAAUUUCAGCAAGGAGAUCGGGAGAGGCGCGGGCGGGAUCGUGUACAAGGCCCUAUUGCCGGAUGAUCGGGUCGCGGCGGUGAAGGUGCUCAGCAAUGCCACAACAGGAGAGGCCGAUUUUCUUGCCGAGGCCAGCACGAUCGGGAGGGUGAACCACAUGAAUCUGAUCGAGAUGUGGGGUUACUGUGCAGAGGGAAAGCACAGGCUUCUGGUGUACGAGUUCAUGGAACACGGGUCGCUGGCACAGAACUUGUCGUCACCGGAGCUCCAUUGGAAGAGGCGGUUCGACAUCGCGGUGGGUACUGCAAAAGGUCUAGCUUAUCUCCACGAGGAAUGCUUGGAGUGGGUUCUGCACUGCGACGUGAAGCCUCAGAACAUACUCUUAGACUCCGAUUACCAACCAAAAGUUGCUGACUUUGGGCUCUCCAAGCUAAUGGACCGAGGGAAGGUGACGAAUUCCGAUUUCUCGAGAAUCAGAGGAACCCGAGGAUACAUGGCUCCCGAAUGGGUCUCGAAUCUGCCCAUCACAUCUAAGGUGGACGUCUAUAGCUACGGCAUUGUCAUGUUGGAGAUGGCGACGGGAAUCAGCCCGACGGCGAGCGUGCACUCGCUGGAAAGCGGAGGGGACGCGAAGCAAAUCCGGCCCGUCCCGUGGGCGAGGGAUAAGAUGAAGGAACCGGGGAGGACGGGGUCCCGCGUGGAAGAGAUGGUGGAUCCGGCGCUCAGGGGCGAUUACGACCCGAAGAAGAUGGAGAUGUUGAUCAAGGUGGCGCUCAAGUGCGUGGAGGAAGAUAAAGACGCGAGACCCACCAUGAGCCAAGUGGUGGAAAUGCUUCUGAGGCAUGAGAAUGAUGGCUAGAUUUAGCGUGCGAGUGGAAGCGGGAUUGAGUCCGAUGUUAAUAACUUCGCCAAGGUUUGCAUUCUUGAGGAUAACACGGAUUCUGUCCCCGUUUGUUGGGCUUGGUCACGCGGAUCUCCAAGC